AUGGAGCCUUAUGAUGUGAUAGUGAAUCAACCGGUCGUCAUCGACAACGGAUCUGGUAUGAUAAAGGCUGGUUUUGCUGGUGAUCACAUACCAAAAUGUCGAUUUCCCAACUACAUGGGUCGACCAAAGCACGUGCGAGUGAUGGCAGGAGCGCUAGAAGGAGACAUGUUCGUGGGACCAAAGGCAGAAGACUACCGAGGGUUGUUAAGCAUCCGUUAUCCUAUGGAGCAUGGUAUAGUGACGGAUUGGAAUGAUAUGGAGAAAAUUUGGACGUACAUCUAUAGCAAGGACGAGCUGUCCACAUUCGCCGAGGAACAUCCGGUGCUGCUUACGGAGGCUCCUCUUAAUCCGCGAAAAAAUCGUGAAAAGGCAGCUGAGAUUUUCUUUGAAACAUUCAAUGUCCCCGCGCUCUUCGUGUCCAUGCAGGCAGUGUUAAGUUUGUAUGCGACGGGGCGCGUAACCGGUGUAGUUUUGGACUCGGGUGAUGGCGUCACACACGCAGUUCCUAUCUUUGAAGGUUUUGCAAUGCCCCACAGUAUAAUGCGAGUGGACAUCGCUGGCCGUGAUGUCACUCGCUACCUCAAAACAUUAAUUCGCAAAGAGGGUUUCAGCUUCCGUACGACUGCCGAGUUCGAAAUCGUACGUUCGAUAAAGGAAAAAGUAUGUUCGUUGGCGACGAACCCGCUAAAAGAAGAGACGGUCGACACGGAGAAAACAAAAUACGUGCUACCGGACGGCAAUGUGCUUGAGAUUGGACCGGCGUGCUAUCGGGCUCCUGAAGUACUAUUUCGUCCACACAUGCUCGGCGAAGAAUGUGAAGGCAUACACGAAGUGUUGAUUUACUCGAUUCAAAAAUCAGACAUGGAUCUCAGAAAAAUGUUGUACCAGAACAUCGUGCUAUCGGGAGGAUCGACGUUAUUUAAAGGAUUCGGCGACCGAUUGCUUUCGGAAAUUAGGAAACACGUAGCAAAGGAUAUGAAAAUAAGGAUUGCUGCUCCGCAGGAACGUAUAUAUUCAACCUGGAUGGGUGGAUCGAUUUUGGCAUCUCUCGACACAUUCAAGAAGAUGUGGGUCUCGAAGCGGGAAUUCGACGAAGAUGGCCAACGGGCAAUUCACCGAAAGACGUUUUAAAUGUUUGAGUCCAUCUAUGUUUGUGGCGAGUAUAAUUCUGCAGCUCUAUUAUGUGCACACGGUUGGCUGUGUUUGCAGACUGGUAAGAUCGAUAAACAGUCUCCGAAAUGAGCGUUAAACCGUUCUGAAGACAUACAUUUUUAAAAUAAUUCUGAGCAACACCCGGGACGCUUCUCUCAGGUUAUCACACGCAUAAGGUCGGGAUUAUAUCUUAUUUCAAGCUGCUUAGUAUCCUAUUUUGUGCUUCAAUGAGUAGGUGAGAUUUAAACUAAGUUGUAAUCUGCAGUCAUGGAAAGAGGCAUUUUAUCAAAAAUCUGGCUUUUAGAAAAAGCGCAGAGUUCCCUCUAACACAUUGUGAAGAUGUAAAGUGUUCAGUGUCAAGUGCACGCACAGGAAAGCAUAAACACACAAAUAGAUAUUUAUAACUCAAUUAAAAAAAAGCUCGUUAAAACGUAUAUGCUUUCUUUUACUCCGUCAAAACAUUAUUGAACAAAUUUUGCCUAUUUUUUCAGCCAACCAUUUGUUCGCUGUAAUAAGAAGCUUAGCUGAGAGCUUUUAGAUGUGAGCUUCCUGCCGUCGCAUUCAGUGAUACGCUCAGUAGCAUUCACUCACUAAAAGGCAGUAUAAAAUCUUGUGGAGCAGUUUUGUUAUAGGCUGCUCGUUUAUAUUGUAUCCUGAGUUUUAAGUUCUUACUGCUUGCUUGGGCUUCUCCUUACCAUGAAACGAAUUUGAGGAAAGCAGAGAUGAAGCAUAUUUGAAGCACAACGAGACUAAAUUGCUUUAACCUGUGUAUGGGUUUGUACGGGCUUUGUAUUAAGGUUAAACAUCAUACUUAUAUUCGUUAUACUAUCAUGUCAGAUACGUGCAACCACACGCCACUAUUGUGCGAUGGCAGUAAACCUUCAUUCCAGUUGAAGUUGCAUGGCAAUAGCGUGUAUAGUUUUUUGUGUUCUUUGACCAUUUUUAAAGUUCAUCUUUUGAGCUACUUACCGAAGUCGCUGUCACGUUUUUUCACAACUGGGGCAAUAAUUAAAAAUCAUUCAAAAUGCGUUCUGUUUUUAUUCUAUCCAUUCAUGCAUUAACACGAUUAAGUUAUAAUUUAAUAAUUUAUACUCAAUAAAGAUCUAGUUAUGUGAAUGCAAAAUGUGCGCGUAAUUUCUGCUGGACGAAAAAAGCGUCAAAAAAGAACCCAGCACAAUAAUAACACGAAAUGCUAAUUGCUAAAUAAAUCAAGCAUAGCGAAUGCUAUACAUGGGGAAAACAAAAGCAGCAGAUUAGAAACAGAAGUAAAUCUAACCCCUAUAACAAUAUAGAUAUUACAUAAAAUUAUAAAUUAUAAGUAUCAGGCAAUGCAGUGGAUUGGAGAAUAGUAACUAAAUUGUUGCGGAGAAAAUGUUACGAAUGAGCAUAAUUGGGAGGACGUAUUUAGUGGUCGGCAACACGAAACGAUGACCAAUGAAUAGUGGGAUGAAGAACCGCGAUUGCAAUUGAGUAUGAUAAGGAAUAU